GGUUCGAGGCGUAUGACCUUCGCACUCCCCGAGUGGAGGGGAAAAAGAAAGGCCUAGCUAUUGAGGUUGAGACGGAGAGAUUUGUGCUGCCACUCCGGUCAUGAGCUUGCAGAAAAGGACGUUGGAGGCUUUCAAGCUUCUCGGGGUGGGAGGAGCUGCCAGAAGACUGGUUGGGCGUGCUGGGAAGAGAACUUGCGAGAAACUCACCCCUCCCUUCGCAGGAAGCACAGCUUUCAAGACAUUCCAGCCGAUCAUUUUCCAGAAAGCAUUGAAUGUGGUUUAUGUACUGUCUGGAACGAGAGCUGGACGAGGUGAGGUAGGGGAAGGGGAGGGGAGGCGGAGAGGAGGAGGAGUGGAGAAGGAGGGAGGAAGGGAGAAGAGGAGAGACUGA